AUGCUGCGAUUUGUGGUAAAAUAUGGAUUUCAUGAAAAGACAUUUAUCAAUCAAUUUUUGUCAGCUUCUGUUAAAUCGCAAUUACAUUUGGAAUUAAAAGAAAAUAUCAAUCAGGUUCAAAAUUUGAACACUUUAAUAGGUGUGAUUGAUACAUCAUACAAAACUAACUAAAUAAUUCCAUUAGAUCUAUUGAAAUUGGUAUUAUAGCGAUCAACUGAAUUAGUUUAAGUGGAGAGCAAUUUGGAAUAUUUGAAAGGGCUGUUAUUAACACUCUCUAUAAACAGAAUUGAAAAUAGAUAGUUGAAUUAAACAAUUCUUGAUGUGGUGAUGUAGAAUUAUCAAAAGCUGUCUGACGAGCAUUUAAUAACAAUUACAGAGACGAUCAUUUACAACAAACUCAAUUAAAAAUAUAAAAUCAAAGAUGUUUCUAUAUUAUUUGAGCAGAUGGCUAUAAACCUAUAAAAUAGUGACUCCCAAAUAUAUAAUCAAAAGAUAUUGCUUCAAUUACCAAAACUUAUAAAUCUCUCAUAGCACCUAAGACAUAACAAAUUGGUUCACGAAAUAUUGGCUACAAUCUAUGGUCUAUUGCAUUAAUUAAAACAGUUUUACAAUCAAGAAUUAAAUAUUGAAUACCUCAGCCUAUCUUUACAAAUGUGUCAUGUUAUGGAUACUCUGGAAAUUCUAUUUUAAAAUCCUUUAAUCGUAAGUUAGCAAAAGAAACAAUAAAAGAAGCUAUAAUAAUAAUUUAUGGAUCUUAUUAAUUAAUCAUUCACAGAAAAAAAUAUGAUAGAAACUCAAUUUUCAGUAUAACACAUUAAUUCAAUCUUAAAUUUUGUUAAAAAAUAUCCUAAAUCUCCACCCAUCUCAAUUCCAACUUAAAUUCAUAAUUUAAUUGGCAACAUUUAUAUCAGUUUAGUCAAUGAGUACACAACAAAUCAGAAGCAAAAAAUAUUGAAAGCACUCAUAGAUUAUAAUAGUUUAGCCUACUUUUUGACUAAAACAAGCAAGAACUUCUAUUUGCAAGAUUAGGAUUAUAAAGUUAUACAUUUCUUAGUUGAAUCAGAAAACAACCUUUUCAUUCUCGCAAAAACUCUUGAAACAAUAUCAACUAAUGUACAAAAUCAUAAUGAUUUACAUCAUAAUCCAAAUAAUAAACAACAUCAUCAUCAUCAUGAGCAUCCAAAAUUAAGAGAUCCAGUUUUAUAAUUAAUUGAAUCUAAAAUAAGAUAAUUAAUGUAAAAUCAUUUAAAUCCAAGUGAUUCAUUAGUAAUUGCAUUUUAAUCCUUAAUUAGAAUAGAAGAUUAUUCUCCUAAAUUAGCAACGUAUUUAGAGUAUUUUGCUUAUGGUUAGGUAUUAAACUAAUUGAAGUGGGUAGAUUUUAUUGUAAAAUUCAUACCAAGUUUAGGAAUACUUAGUAAAAGGUUAACUUAAUAAUUUUAUAUGUCAGUAUAGUAAAACAAUAGUGAUUAAUUUAAAUAAUUGUCAGAUGUAUGGGAAAAGGUAUUAGCAAUCUUAAUGAAAAAAAUAGAUUAAAUAGAACCUAAUAAAAUCCCUAUUAUUCUAUUUUAUUUGAGUUAAGCUAGCAAACUCGAUCUAAAGGAAGCCUCCAAAUUGUUGCAUAUAAUAAAAAAAUCAACUGACUUUACAAAAUUCAAUAGCUAGUAAAUCUGUGAAAUAUUUUACUCAUUUAGUAGAUUAAAUUAUUAAGACACAGAAUUUUAUUUUGAUUUGAUUAAUAAAUUAGUUGACAAAGAAUUAACUAUGGAUUAAGUAAUCCUAAUUUAUUCAGGACUAAUUAUAAAUAAAUUAUAUAACUCAACCUUCAUUUGUUAGUUGUAAGAUCAACUUAAAAUCAAAGAUUUCAAUGAAAAGAAUAUGUUAAGUUAUCUACAAGCUCUACUCACAUUACAAUUUGAACCUAAACCAACUCUUUUGGAAGCAAUAACAAACUAAUUUUAUAAAUCUAAAAAUUCUGAGUUUAUUGUAGGAUGUGCUACAUCCUUAUUGUAAUAUUAAUACGAUUAAAAAGUAUUAGAGCAUUAUAAUAACUUCAUCAAAAAUUAACACGAACUUUAUAUUAAAUCCCCAUUCUAUGCACAUUAAUUACAUGUUUUAUUUAUGAAGUUGAAGCAUGUAGAUUAAAUUAAUUAAGAUCUCCUAUAAGAUAUUACAAAAGUACUCUAAGAAUCUAAGAUAAGUUUAGCUAAAUACCAUUUAUAAAUGAAACAAAUAACAAGGAGCCAAAUGGAAUUAGAUAUUAUUGAAUAAUUCAAAAAACUAUUGGAUUUCGAAAGAUUAGAAUAAUAAGCCAAAUUAAGUGACUAUAAAUUUACUGAUUAAUAUGAUCCCAUAGAAAUUCCUAAGAUCGAAAAUUUAAUACCUUAUUAAAUAGAUUUUAAAGUAGGCGAUUACUGUUUUGAAAUAAAUGGACCAAAACACUAUUUAUAAAUUUGGCCAGAAAAAUAGUAUAAAUUAGAUGGAUGGACUAUGAAAAAGAAAUAACUUUUAGAGAGCAUGGGCUUUAAAUAUAUUGAAGUGAAUCAUGAACAGUAUAAAUAAAAAGGAAUAGAAUAUUUGAAGCAAUUUUAGUCAAUCUGA